UACCAUCAUGACCAAGUUUUUCAAAAUCCCUAUCAUAAGCUAUAUAUAUUUUUGUCCUAAGUUCUUUAGGAAGUUGCAUUCUCAUUUCAUGCCAUUCAUUUACAAUAAUAAAAUGAUGAAAAGCAGGCCUUACUAUGUGCCCCACUUCACAUAUAUAUAAAACCACCACUAUUUCCCUAUGUUGACCAUAUCUAUAUAUCUAGCUACCUAUAUUAAUUCCUAGAUCUUUAUUACUUAAUUACUAGAAAUUAAUUAAGUUGAAUCUAAUCAUUGAUCAAUGGAAUCUGAUCAAUGUGAUCAAGGUGGUGGUAGUGGUGGUGAUGAUAAAGAUGGUUUAAAACAAGUGACCAACCUUAGGUCCUAUGAGUGCAAUUUUUGCAAGAGAGGUUUCUCUAAUGCACAAGCACUUGGAGGACACAUGAAUAUUCAUAGAAAAGACAAAGCAAAGCUCAAACAACAAUCUUCAAAUUUGGAGCAAGGAAAUUCUAGUGAUCAAGACCUCAACAAAUUAUUACCAAAUUUUUUGAGUUCUUCUAAUAUUGUGUUGCCUCAAAAACAAGAUCAACAACAUGUUCCUUCUAGAAGUGAAGAAAUUAUUGUAAUUGAUCAUACAAGACAACAACUUCCACUUUUUUCAGAAUCACCAACAAAAAUUGAAAUGCAAAUUCAACAAGGUGGUCAAAUUCAUCAAAGGGAAAUUACUACUACUACUGCUACUACUGUGACUGCGACGACGACCACGAUUACACAAGAGGCUUUAUUAUUAUCUAAUGAUCAAGAUUCUUCAUUGGAAUUAGACCUUGAAUUAAGACUAGGGUCUGAGCCUCAUGAUUCAUCAAAGCCAACGGGUACAAGAAAAUUCUUUUGAUGACUUCAAUGCAUAAAUUUAAUUAUUUUAUUUUGUACAUGUCCAAGAAACUACUAUUAUUUUUCUUGGUGAAAAGAAUUCAUCUUUUGUUUGAUUGAUUUAAUUUUUUCCAAAAAUUUAAUUUCAAAUUAAUU